CAUAGUAUAAACAAGUUUGCAUAGAGAUUCUACUCAAACUCCACAGCCACGACAUCACAUUUAUUUCCGGUAAUAAUUCGUCAACGUAUUUCACCUCAUUCCGGAAAAUAAUGUGGUUCCUAGCUUUCCAAAUCAUCCACAACCCCUUUCGAAUCCUCUUAAUUCUCCCCUCAUUACUCCAACAUGCCCAUGCACAAACAAAUUUGGAGGAGUAAUAAAAGAAAAAUCAAGCCACUUCAUAACACUUUCCCAAACCUUUUCCGUGAAAACACAAUGUAAGAAGAGAUGAUUGGACGAUUCUUCCAUUCUACCACACAAAACACACAAGGGGGUAAACAAUUUCGCAUAGCAAGAUUAUUUCUAGUGGGGACUCUAACUAGAAAAAGUUUCCAAGAGAAAGCUAUCACUUUCAAAGGGGCUUUACUUUUCCAAAUAGUCUCUAAAAGAGGUUCAAGCCUUCCUUCACUCUACUUGCAAUUUCCAUUAUACCUCUUUUUCUCAGUCAUCUUGAAAAUUCACACAUAUUUUCUACACUCUUUACCCUUGAGCUUUUUCCAACAACCCUUCUAACAUGAUAUCACUUUUCAGCAAAGUCAACAAAUCUUUGAGAUCUGAUACCUCUUCUUCAUCCAUGGAUGAGAAAGUAGAUUGGUCUCAACUCCCUAAAGAACUAUGGCCUAAGAUAGGAAAAUAUCUUGAUAAUCACAUAGAUGUUCUCAGAUUUCGCAGUGUAUGUGAAUCAUUUCGUUCUUCCAUUCCUCUUUCUCUUCCAAAUUCUCCUUCUUUUCCUUUGCAAAUCUCCCCAAACAACUACCUCAACCAAUCAACCAUUUAUCUUAUUCAACCAACUGAUGCAAGUUCCAACUCCACUUUACCACCUUCUUCUUCUUCCAAAGGUUGGUUGAUUAAGGUACAAGAAUCAAAGAAUCAAUCUUUGAGUUUGUUGAGUCCUAUCACCGACAAAAUAUUAUCAAACCCUCUUAGCAGUAACAACACUUCUCUGAUGAUAUGGAAUAUGUUGGAUUAUAGGGUCAUUGAGCUAUGCAAAUCAUAUAAAAUUGAAAAGAUUACAGGUUUUUCAAAUCCUGUGAAGAAAGUUGUGUUCUAUCCUAACUCUCCUUGGAGUAGUGUUGAGGAUUGUGUUUCUUGUUGUAUCUUUCAAGAAGAUAUAGUAGGAUUCAUAAAACAUGGUGAUGAGAAAUGGAAACUUGUUGAUGAAAACAAUUUCUACUAUGACGAUAUUAUUGUGUUCAAGGGUCAGUUUUAUGUUACUGAUAAAUGGGGAACUAUUUCAUGGAUUGAUAUUUCUUCUUUGAAGUUGAUACAAUUUUCACCUCCUUUGUGUGGUUUUGGAAACAAGAAACAUUUGGUGGAAUCUUGUGGGAAUCUAUAUGUUGUUGAUAGAUACUCAUACUACGAAGACGAAAACAUGGGAGGGAACUAUGAUGGAAGAAGACACCAAGCUCGAUACGAGGUUGUGGAGUGUUUCAAAGUCUAUAAGUUGGAUGAAGAAUGGGGGAAAUGGGUUGAUGUGAAAGAUUUGAAAAAUAGAGCCUUCAUUUUAAGCCCUAGUUGUAACUUCUCCGUUUCGGCUAAAGAAUUAAUUGGAUAUCAAGGGAAUUGCAUCUACUUUAAGGAUUCUUUUAGUGUUCGUAUGUAUAAUUUGGACGAUUGUAGAAUCACUACCGUCGAGUUUAAUCCUUGCAUCGACAACACUUUGUGGUGUCAUGCACCUCGACAGAGAUGUUAGAGGACAUAACAGGUCUAGCAGAUCAGUUUGAGAGUCUAUAUCAUGAAGAAAAGCCUCUCCCUAAAGAAAUGGAGAAUUUAGCGAGUACUAUUUGCUAAGUGAUGUUGAUUCUGCUGCAAUUAUAUAAUGAGAUUAAGUUAAACUAUGUAGCUUAAGGAUGGAAGGUUAUGUGCAUUAGAAUGGCAUCUUCUACAUGUUCUCUUUUAGUGUCGAUCCAUAUAAUUAUUUCCAUCUUGUUUCUGUCUUGAUUCUUUCUCCGCUGAGAAUUUAUUAUCAGUGCAUAUAAUUAUUAUUCCAUAGCACUGGAACAAUAUUGCAGAUAAUGUAUAUAUUUGCAUAAGGAUUUUGAAGAAUUAUGUGUUUCAGCAUUA